UUUUUUAAGUUCUUACAAAAGUAUCAUUCUUAGUAUAUAAACUUAAAAUUCGGAGUAAUCAAUUAAUCAUCCUACUUGGAGGAUCGUCGUAAUGAAAUCAAAAUUAUUGUAACCCGGUAUUCGCAGUAAUUGUUUUGAUUUUUUUACUAUGCCGGAACAUUAUAAGUUUGUGCCCCAUAACUCUUAAGUUACUUCAAACUAAUAGUGCGUACAAUAUUUAGUUAAUUAACUCUAAGCAAAAUUAAUUACAAACAAAUUUUAAUUAGAUCAAGACGAGAAGAUAAAAAGUACAAACAUAUAUUAAAAAAUUUGUCUUCACAUCACAAUUGUGACUUAUAAAUACGCUUUAUGGAAAAUUAUUAUCAUCCGCGGUUGUAAUUCAAAUAAUUUAAUAUACCAUAAUGCUGCAUUUUAUACACAAAAUGGAUAAUAAUAGUUUAUUAUCUAUAUCUGUGGUUCUCUCUAAGACUGUGUUAAUAGCUAAUAUUUUGAUGAUAAGAUAAGAUCGUCGCUAUCGAAUUUGUCAAUCAUUUAAUAUUAAAGUCAAAACAUUUUACAUUUUUUAGGAUUUCUUACUACUUAAUUAACUUAUUUACAUUAUAAAAAUUAAUCAACACAGUGUAAUUGUGUUGAUUAAUUUUUGAAGAAUCAUGUGGAAAGUGUCAGCAGGUUAUACAUUAAAAAGACACGAAGAAAAUCAAGUUGUAUAUUGACAACAUAACUUUAUAAUAUCAUGGUGAAAGCACAUAAGCCAUGGAACAAUAUGUCUCAUUCGAGUGCACCAGCUUUACCACCAAGAAAAUUAUCUCAAACUAGUUACCCCCCAUCAACUGAUAAUAUGACAGACCGAUUGCAAAAUCCACUACAAGAACCUAAUUGUAUAGAAGAAGCUGAUUGGUAUUGGGGUGAUAUUACUAGAGAUGAAGUUCAAGAAAAAUUAACUGAUAUGCCAGAUGGUACAUUUCUUAUCAGAAAUGCAUCAAAUAAAGCUGGAGAGUACACACUAACGUUAAGAAAAGGAGGUACCAAUAAAUUAAUAAAAAUUUACCACAAAAAUGGAAAAUAUGGAUUUUCUGAACCAUAUAACUUUUUUUCUAUAAUAGAUCUCGUAAAUCAUUAUCGCAAGGUUUCAUUGUCUCAAUAUAAUGCAACACUUGAUAUUAAGUUAUUAUAUCCUGUAUCUAGAUUUCAACAAGAUGAAGAAUUUGGAACUUGGAAAAGUUUGAAUGUAGAUGUAGUAUGGAUACGAUUAAUUGAUUUACUUAGAGAAAUAAUGAUGAAAUCCAAAUUAUAUGAUGACUUAUCAGCAGAAUUUCAAAGUGCUAUGGCUGAUAUUUCUGUAAAACGAAUGGGGUUGCAACAAUAUCAUGAAAUUAAUAAAAUGUUUGAUGAGCAACUAAAAUUACAUGAUAAAUAUCUUAAGAAAGCAGAACGUCAUGAAGCAGAAGAUUUAAUUGAUAAUAUUGAAGUUGUCAAAAAAAGAAUGAAAUAUCUACAAGAAAGUAAAAUUGACCUUGAAGAUAAGCUAUACAGACAAGUCUCUUAUAGUCAAACUUUAGAGAGACAAAUGUAUCAAUUAAAACAAGAAAUAACAUUGUUCACUCGUCAAAAAGAGAAGUCAGUUAAGUGGCUAUUAACACAUGGUGUAUCACUAGAUGCUAUUAAUCGUGUGUUAAAUGGUGCAGAUUGGUGGACUCGCAAACCAGAAGAUAUUGAAAUGCAACUUAAUAUUUCACAUCUGGAUGAAAAUACAUGGUUGCUUCAAUCAUGUUCACGUGCUGAUGCUGAAUAUAUGCUAAGUGGAAAAUGUAAUGGAACAUUUUUAAUUCGACCCAGUAGAACUGGUCAAUCGGCUCUCUCUAUUGUCUGCAAUGGUAUAGUUAAUCAUUGUAUAGUUUACAGAACUCCUAAAGGAUUUGGUUUUGCUGAACCUUAUAAUAUUUAUUCUUCAUUGAAAGAUUUAGUCCUACAUUAUUCGCAAACAUCCUUAGAAGAGCAUAAUGAUUCACUUAAUACUAUGUUAGCAUACCCAAUCUUAGCUGAUAAUGACAUAAAUAACAAAUAAAAUAAUUACUACGAAAUAUUAGGCAUAAUAGUUAUGCUACUUUUGUAGUAUAAAUUUGUGAUAUAAUUUACUUUUUAAAAUAUUAAUUAUUUAUUAAUGUUAACGAGUUAUAUAAUAAGGAGAAAUAUUUUUUAUAUUAGUGUGUAUAUAUUAAGACAUUGUUAUUGAUAAAACUUUUAACUUGUUUGUAUCAAAAAUACCAAUACCAAUUUGUUUUAUUUGUAUCAAAAUUUUUAUUUUGUACUAAAUUUAUUUGUGAAUGUUAUGCAAAGAACAAUGUUUAAAAUAAUUUAUACUUUUAAAAAAGUAUUUUUUUGUUAAAUAAAUUUUGUUUUUAAUUUUAA